CUUCCACUGUCUCUCCUCUGCACUUCUUCAUAACUCGAAUCGCAUCCACCGGUAGAUUGUUGUUGUUGUAGCGGGGCAAACGGACUUCCGUAUUGCGCGCGAGGUACAUGUGUACUUUUUCAGCGGGUUUGUUUCGAUAGUUUAGUGUCAUCUUUUUGCAACUCACGUGCGCCAGAAGACAGGGGGUAGUAGAUGUAGAAGUCAACCCUUCUCUGUACUUUCUUCAGUAGAUAGGUGGCAUAUCGUACUAAGAGGGGGAGAUCUAUCCCCAAAGCUUCAGAUAGGUAGGAGACCACAGAGGAUUGAAGAUAUCAGAUUGUUCUGCUCUGUUUCAUUCUACACUGUCUUCUCCCCUGAAGCAUCUUCUUCUCAGGAAUCAUUAUCUUACGCCUUGCUUCUUCGACUUUGAAAGCUCAUUCUUGAAGUCUUCCAAGGAUUCUUCAGUGCACUUCUGACCUUUCUAGCACCAAGGGUCUAAUCUUCCUUUACCCAUCAUUAAAUUUCUUGAAGCCGUAAACUAAAGGAGAACUUAUAGAUAAGAUAUGGAGCCGAUGAGGAGUAGCUGCCGGUAUACAGAGAUGCAGACAGUUUCUUAUUAUGAGGGAUACCCAUCAACAAAUGGCGAUAUGAACGCAUAUAAUGCCAACACAGCCAUCAACUCCAUGUACGCCAAUAAUUUCCCCCACGACGUCCACCCGAAUCAGGCGAGGAACGGUAGUCAUUGCUACGGGAGCGAUUCGGCCAACUCGAGCCCCGGUGAAAGCUGCCGCGAGGACGAGUUGGAGCACGUGCUCGCGCCUGGCUUUCAUGGGCAAGGCGAGCGACGGUGUCUGAUGUGGGCUUGCAAAGCCUGCAAGCGAAAGAACGUAGCCGUCGAUAAGAGGAAAGCCGCAACGCUCCGUGAACGGAGGCGACUUCGGAAGGUGAACGAGGCUUUCGAAGCGUUGAAGAGGCAUACGUGUGCGAACCCCAACCAGCGGUUGCCGAAAGUGGAGAUCCUGCGAAAUGCCAUUGAAUACAUAGAGAAACUGGAGAGAUUACUGCAAGUUGAGAAAGCAAAUGGGGACAGCGAAAUGGAUUCGGCAGAAACAAGCUCAAAUACGUCAGACGCCAUGGUAAGAUAA